GCGUCCAUUCCAGUUGCAGCGUUGCUUCUGGUAGAGUUGCGUAAAUUUCUUGCGCAACUCAUGUGUUUGUUUACUACUUUCAUUUUUCUUUAACUAGAUAACUGACCUUAUCAUCUUCUGUGUUGUAGAAGAUGUCCGACCGGUCAGUUUAUGUGGAGUAACGGUGUAAAUAGAGCUGCUUUUUCAAUAAUAUGUAAAUGUUAUUGCACAAGGCCAUAAAGGUUUCCAGGUUAUGUAAAAUACCAAUCAGUUGAUAGUGAAUUUGGCAAAUGGUUGUGGGAAAAUUUCACCGCUCCGAAGUUUCGAGAGUGAGUCUGUUCGAAGUCUUAUUGCCUGUGGGCGAUGAUUCUGCUUGGUUUCUUGUUCUCGACGAUUUUAUUAUCUCAUUUUGGAAAUCCGUUGCAGUGCUAUAGAUGCAGUGGGUCUUCGAGGAAUGCCGAUAAAGCGGAUAAGGCGUGCGUCUACGGGUAUUCCAACGUGGAGAAACAGGAAUGUCCCUAUGACCACGUGUGCUCCACUUACCAGUAUGAAAUUUCCAUCCAUGGUCUGAUCAGAUCGAGCGUGACCAUCCGAGGUUGUCAACCGUUCGAUUUCGUCGAAGACUGCGACGAUCUCCUGGACGACAUCCGCUCCUUGGUGUACCCAGCACGUGUGCGUGAAAUAAAUUGUUACUCAUGCUCAUCCGACCUCUGCAAUUCUUCGUCCAACAUCUGAGGAAUUUUCCUUCGAGAAAAAUCUUUGCGAAGGUUAUUGGUUUAUAACGUGUAAUAUAUUUUUUCUUUGUACAUAAAACUGUUUAUUAUGA